AUGAAAUUACAGAAGAUUCGUCCAAAAGACGAAAGAAGAGCAGAACUAUUAAAUUCCAAGACAUCCUUAAAGUCAAAAAAUAGAGAUUCUGUAACUUUGAAAAAGAAAGGCCACAGUAGAAAACAGAGAGAGUUUGCUAAAAUAUUAAGGAAUACUGGAAAAGAAUAUGUAAAUGAAAAGGGAGAAACUAAGCCUCGAAAAGAUACUUGCUACAAAUGUGAUACACUUAAAAUUCAAAUUACCUAUGCGAGUGAAGAAGAAAAGGAACGUUUAAUUUUCGAGCAAGCAAAUCACCAUUCUGCAGCAGACGAAGCUUAUAAAGCAAAACCUAAUGAUAAAAUUAUUGCACGGGUAUAUCCAUCAACAGCUGUAUUUGCUUUUGAUUUGCAGCAAUGUCUGCCCACUCCAUAUCUUCAAUCCUCAAUUUCAUUUUACAAAAGACAGUUAUGGACUUACAAUCUGACAGUCCUUAACUUAGCUACAAAUGAAGCCACUUGCUACAUAUGGAACGAAUCUGUUUCUGGUAGAGGUGGAAAUCAGAUUGCUUCUUGUUUAUACCGGCACAUUAUCGAUUUACCAUCUAAUGUAAAAAAGUCUGUUUUUAUUCAAAUACUUGCGGAGGUCAGAAUAAAAAUAGUCACGUGGCAGCUAUGUUUAUGUCGAUUUUAA